UGUCCUUUGAGGAAGUAGCCGUGUUCUUCACAGAGGAGGAAUGGGUUCUCCUGGAUCGAGGCCAAAGAAAACUCUUUUGGGAAGUGAUGAAGGAAAAUUAUGAGACCAUGGCCUCUCUGGGGAACCACAUUUCCCAGAAGGCCUUGCGAGCACCAGAGGUCAACCCUGCCUUUCCCAGACGUUGAAGGAGGCGGAUUUUCCUUGUAGGGGAGAAAGAAAUUUGGGGAAUAUGGAGAUUUGCAGUUCCUCUCUUCUUUCUCCUUUCCCCCGGCUGAAGGAAGAAUUUGGCUUUUGCACAUCUGCGGGAAAGAGAUCCCCAGUGUCCUUUGAGAAGGUAGCCGUGUCCUUCACUGAGGAAGAAUGGGCUCUGCUGAAUAGAGACCAAAGAAAACUCUUCUGGGAAGUGAUGGAAGAAAAUUUUGAAAUCAUGAACUCUCUGAAGGACUACAUUUCCCAGAAGGACUUGAGAGCACCAGAGAGGUCGACCUUGCCUUUUCUAGGUGUCCACAGUGUUGUUUUCCCACAAGGUGGAGAAGGAAAUUUAUGGAAUGUGCACUUCCACAGGGUCUGUCUUCUUUCUUGUUUCCCCUGGCUGGAGGGAGAAUUUGGCUUUUGCACAUCUGCAGGAAAGAGAUCCCCAGUGUCCUUUGAGGAGGUAGCUGUGUUCUUCACUGAGGAGGAAUGGGCUCUGCUGGAUCCGGACCAAAGAAAACUCUACUGGGAUGUUACCAAAGAAAAUUAUGAGACCUUGGCCUCUCUGGUUGGAGACUUGAGGGAGAUGGUGAAUGAGAAGGAAUCAGCAAGGAGACUUGUGGAAAAAGACAACAGUCUGCAGGAGGAUGCAAAAUUUGAGGAUCAAGUGGUACCAAAGAGACAGAAUGUCCACCUAAGGAGACAUCAAGAGGUUUACACAGUGGAGAAGCCAUAUAAAUCCUUGGAUUGUGGAAAGUACAUUUCUCAGAAUGGGAACAUAAGUACAGAUCAAAAGAUUCCUACAGAGGAGAACCCAUACAAGUUUUUUGAGUGCUUGUCUCUGAAUGAUGUCCUAACUGCACAGCAAAACUACCACAUGGGGGAGAAUCCAUACAUUUACUUUGAGUAUGGAAAGUGCUUUUCUCAGAAUGGCAACCUAACUAAAAAUCAAAUGAUUCAUACAGGGGAGAAACCAUACAAAUGCUUUGAAUGUGGAAAGUGCUUCUCUAAGUAUAACUACCUAACUGCACAUCAGAAGAUUCACACAGGGGAGAAGCCAUAUCAAUGUACAGAGUGUGGGAAGUGCUUCUGUUUCAAUAGCACCUUAAAGGCACAUCAAAAGAUUCAUACUGGGGAAAAGCCAUAUAAAUGUGAGCAGUGCGGAAAGUGCUUCUCUCGGAAUGACACUAGAAAAGCACAUCAAAAGAUUCAUACUGGGGAGAAACCAUACAGAUGCUUGGAAUGUGGAAGAUGCUUUUCUCAGAAUGGCCACCUAAUUGGACAUCAAAAGAUUCAUACAGGGGAGAAGCCAUUUAAAUGUUUGGAGUGUGGAAAAUGCUUCUCUCGAAAAGGUGACCUAACUGGACAUCAAAAGGUUCACACAAGACAGAAACCAUGUAAAUGUUCAGAAUGUGGAAAGUGCUUCGAUCAGAAUGGUGAUCUAACUAGACAUCAAAAGAUUCAUGCAGAUGAGAAAUCAUAUAAAUGCCUGGAGUGUGGAAAGUGCUUCGCUUUGAAUGUCCACCUAAGGAGACAUCAAAAGGUUCACACAGGGGAGAAGCCAUAUACAUGCUUGGAAUGUGGAAAAUGCUUCUCUCAAAAUGUCCAUCUAAGAAGACAUCAAAAGGUUCACACAGGGGAAAAGCCAUUUACGUGCUUGGUGUGUGGGAAGUGCUUCUCUCACAAUGCCUCUCUAACUGUUCAUCAAAAGGUUCACACAGGGGAGAAGCCAUAUACAUGCUUGGAGUGCGGAAAGUGCUUCUCUCACAAUGGCACCCUACGUAUACAUCAAAAGGUCCACACAGGGGAGAAACCAUACAAAUGCUUGGUUUGUGGGAAGUGCUUCUCUCUGAGUGGGAGUCUAACAAGACAUCAAAAAAUGCAUACGGGUGAGAAGCCAUAUAAAUGCUUGGAGUGUGGAAAGUGCUUUUUUCAGAAUGGCAACCUAGCUGCACAUCAAAAGAUUCAUAGUGGGGAGAAACCAUAUAAAUGCUUUGAGUGUGGAAAGUGUUUCUAUCGGAAUGGUGACCUAACUGCACAUCAAAAGUUUCACACAGGGAAAAAACCAUAUCAGUGUUUAGAGUGUGGAAAGUCCUUCUUUCAGAAAGGUGACCUCACUGUACAUCAAAAGAUUCAUACAGGGGAGAAACCAUAUAAAUGUUUGAUAUGUGGAAGGUGUUUUUCUCAGAAAGGUCACCUAACUGCACAUCAAAUGGUUCACACAGGGGAAAAGCCAUAUAAAUGUUUGGAGUGUGGAAGGUGCUUCUCUCAGAAUGGCACCCUAACUGUCCAUCGAAAGAUUCACACAGGGGAGAAACCAUAUAAAUGCUUGGAGUGCGGAAAGUGCUUUUCACAGAAUUGCCGUCUGAUUUCACAUCAAAAGAUUCAUGCAGGCGAGAAACCAUAUAAAUACAUGGAAGACGGAAAAAGGUUUCUUUCAGAAUGGUGUCCUAACUUUACAUAAAAAUGCACACGCAUAGGAGAAUCCAUAUAAAUGCUUGGAGUGUGGAGAGUUCUUGUCUCUGAAUUUCAACCUAAGUGCACUUCAAAAAAUUCACAUGGGAGAAAAGGUACAAAUGCCUGGACCGUGGAAAGAGCUUCUGUUGCAGUAGUUUACUAACGAAGGAUUCACACAGGGGAGAAGCCAUAUAAAUUAUUGAAGUAUGGAAAGAGGUUCAGUCAGAGUUAAAACCGUAUCUCACACCACAAGAUUCACAAAGGGGAAUAGCUUUCCAAGUACAGUUAGCAUGUAGGAAACCAGAUAAAGUGACUGCCAGUUAGUAGCUAUUGGCAGAAGCCAUUAUGAAGGAACUUUCCAGUCUGCUCAAGCUAACUUCACUGUUCUCUGACUUUCUGCAGGUUUUAGUCACACACGCAGACAGACCCUGAUGGAUACCUGUCAGAUUCAUCCACUUAGGCCUGUUAAUUAGACUCACAUAGGUAGGCUGGUGAAUCUGGUAUGGCGGAAGAAUCCUUGAAUGCUGCCCAAUGAUUGGUUGAGGAAGUCAGGAAGUUAUGGCUUGCAUUUUUCUAUAUGUAUGGUUAGUGAGAAGAAGGGUUGCCCUUUUCCUUUACACUUUCUUUUCACCUCUCCUUGCUGCAAGAAAGAUAUUUGAAUUCUGCUGUAUGUCUUUUUGUUUCAAUACCCCACCGCGCUGUGUCAAGACUCUAGUACUAAACAGCUAGCUAGUUCUAUUUCUUAUUUGUGUUAAUUUUACUGCCACUGAACUUUAUGCCUUGGUUUUAUACCUGUUCUUUAAUUUUUUUUAAAUAAAGUAUUCUUUUGCUUGUU